AUGCAAGCUCUCCGUCAUCUCCACUUGGUGGUUGUUCGUCGCAUCAUUCGGUACCUUCUAGGAACAUCUACUCGUGGAUUGUUCUUUCCAAGUGGUUCUCCUAUUCGUCUUAAUGCUUUUAGUGAUUCUGAUUGGGCGGGAUGUCUUGAUACUCGUCGUUCGGUCUCUGGUUGGUGCAUGUUUCUUGGAGAGUCAUUGAUAUCUUGGAAGAGUAAAAAGCAAGAUCGUGUGUCAAAAUCUUCAACAGAGGCUGAAUAUCGAUCCAUGUCUACUGCUUGUUCCAAGGUUGUAUGGCUUCGUGGAUUACUUCCUGAGAUUGGAUUUCCCCAAUCUCAUCCUACUCCUCUCCACGCUGACAAUACAAGUGCUAUUCAGAUUGCUACUAAUCUAGUUUUUCAUGAGGGGAACAAACACAUCGAAGCGGAUUGUCAUUAUAUACAUGAAGCUGUAGAUAAAUGA